GUUUCCGAGAAAAAAAGAAAAUAACCUAAAGACCGAUGAGUUAGUGCAGCUUAUUGUCUUGUUAAACGUAUAGGUUAGGUUCGCGACGGCUACUGACAGCAAAGAAAGAUGCUCAAGAUACUGUCGCUUCACGAUUUCGACGGCCCCGCCUUCGACGACGUGGCCGCCGUCGGCUUGAUCGAGGGCGUCGUCCAUUAUUGUACCUAUGAUGUGCUGCAGGACGAGAUGCAACCUUUUGCCAAAUACCUACGUGAUUACCCUGAGGUUUCUGUCACACAGGAGAUCCUUGCGACUCGUGAAACUGCGCGUAUGAUUAGUGCUGGCGAACUGUUCCUUCCCAUUCACGACAGCAUCUUUAAAAAGAUUGCUAAUGUAUGGAGAGAAAGAGGAUUGUCUGAAGCAAUCCGCUUCGCUGCUGCUACAGAUCCAAAACAAGUUACAAACGUUGUGCAUUGGAUUGCAACAAAACUAAAUUCGAUAUUGGAUUUGAUGGACAGAGGAAUAUAUCAUAGAGAUGUGUUGCCGACGUCUGGAAAUGAAUCUGUUGCUGACAUUGUUGCUACACGAGAUUGGCAUACAUCACUGGUAAGAUGUUUGUCUUGGCAUCCACACUGUGCUCGCCUGGCUGUGGCUAUGAGAGACGAUAGAAUUCGUAUUUUUUCGCAAGGUUUAUUAGGCAUACCAGUAUUGAGACAUAGUGCACAAAAGUCAGUCUGCUGCUUAAGUUGGAGACCUCAUGCCGGCCGUGAAUUAGCAGUGGCUUGUUACUCCGGAGUAUUAAUUUGGACAAUAGAGUUGGGAGCAGCUAGUAAUUUACUUAGUCAUGCAAUACUUUUGAAGCGAAGAAAUCAUGCGCCUGUUACAAGCGUAGCAUGGCAUCCACAAGGUGACUUGUUAGCUUCUUGUUCACCAACGGAUUUAAAUAUAAUAAUUUGGAAUGUUUCUAAAGAGGAAGGAAUUCCUCUAAAACGUAUUGGUGGAAGUGGUAUAUGCUUUUCACGUUGGUCAAUUUGUGGCUUACGAUUACUCUCUGCUUCAUGCAGUAAGAUUUUCAGAGUUUGGAAUACUGGCGUUCCGACACCAUGGCGUGCAGAAAGAUGGACUGUACCUCAUGGUCGUGUAGCAACUGCAUGUUUUGGUCCUAAUUUAACAUUACUCUUUGCUACUACUGAAGAUCCUUCUACGAUAUUUUCAUUGCCACUGCAAGAUAAUAUAUUUGAUGUUAUAAAAGGAAAUAAUAACGAUAUAAAAAUAGCUACGCGUCUAAUUGAUUUAACAAAAGUGAAUUUUUCAUCGGACGAUAAUGAUGAUUAUAUCACGGUGGGAGGUAGAAUCGUUUCUAUGGAAUGGGAUCCAACAGGAAAAUAUCUUGCUAUUCUUUUUCAGGAUAGUCCAGUUAUUGCUCUGGUCAAAACUAACUUAAGUCAUUUAUCGCGAAUAGUGGAAACACAAGCAAGCUGCCUUAUUAAAGGAUUUACUGGAGAAGUACCAAAUUGCAUUAACUUCUUUCAAAAAUCUUCGUCAUGGAUUUGCUUAACAAUAGCUUGGAGCAGCGGACGAGUACAGCAUUUCCCAAUUGUGGAAAGUGAAUCCAAGGUUGAUACUAACACACAUUCCACAUUAUUGUCGCAAACCAUGAGAACUAGUAGAUUGUACAGUUUCGACUGUUACAGGCAAUAAUAAGUUAUUAUAAAAAUAUGAGUUUUGUACAAUUUUUCUAUCUUCAUACACACGUAUUUGUAAUUGGUAUAAUAGUGGAAAAAAGGUUUAAUAAAUU